CAUGUGAUAUGUCAGCCCUCUAUUUCACAGGUAAGGAUGAUGGAGCUUCAAUCGGAGAAGAGGUUCCACAACCUAACCCUCGAGCAAGUCCAAGCUCUGGACAAGGUCCUGACUGAGGUAAUCCCCAUCCAUGGACGAGGAAACUUUCCCACACUGCAGGUGAGAGCGAAAGACAUCAUUCGUGUGGUGAAGGACCGGCUGGUCGAAAGAGACAUCCAGGUGAAAGAUAUACGGCUGAAUGGCGCGACUGCCAGCCACGUCCUGGUGAGGGAUAACGGCCUGGGCUAUAAAGACUUAGACAUCAUUUUCGGAGUGGAGCUGCCCAGGCAGGAGGACCUCCAAGUGAUUAAGGAGGUGGUGCUGGGUAGCCUCCGAGACCUCCUACCUUGUGGAGUUAACAGACGCAAGAUCACCUGCCUGACAAUGAAGGAGGCCUACGUGCAAAAGAUGGUGAAAGUCUUCAACGAGCAUGACCGAUGGAGCCUCAUCUCGCUCUCCAACAACAGAGCCAAGACCGUGGGGCUCAGAUUCGUCAGUUCCCUUCGGAGACAGUUUGAGUUCAGCGUGGAUUCCUUCCAGAUAAUAUUAGAUCGCAUGCUGGAGUCUUACUGGGAGACUGAAAGGAAGCAAGGAGGAAAGUUGGCAUUGAAUGCUGGGAAUUUGCCUAAAAGAGACAACGAGGAUGAAAACAAAGAGCAGGAGCAACCGAGCAUUCCUCGGGAUGCUGCAGCAGACAUGGAAAAAGACUCCGCAAUGGCAACCGGCCGAGAAAGUCGGUGCCAGGAUGAAGCAGGUUCUGUGCCUGAGAAGGAGCUUCCACAUGCAGAAGCUGAGCAUGUAGGUGGAAAGCAUGAGGCACAGGAGGUGUUAGAAGCUGAGAGCAUUAACUUACAGCAAGAGGAAGAGGAAGCGGAUGGCAUAGAGGAUGUUCAUUCAGAGGAGGACAUUGUGUUUGUUGAGCUAUGUGGAGGAAAUGGAGAAGAGAAAGGACAGUUCCACAGUGAUUAUCCUUUAGUUUCAACCCCUAAAACUUUAUUUACAGAUGUCAGGGAUCCGCUGAUGACGCAUGCAUGUUUGAAGCUACAGAGUAAUGAAGAGCUAUCUGGGUCACAGGUUUCCCAGCCAGCAUCUGUAACGCUUACAGAAAAGUCAGCGCCACAGGAAAAAGUCCAUUGUGAAGAAAUACCUCAGUUCAAAGUAGACUCUGUAAUCUGCAGGACUGAGAAUACCUCGAGCCUACAAGACUCACAUCUCGAAUUUUCCUUUCCUCCUCCAGCUAAGAAAACGUGCAGCACAUCACAGGACAUUGUACCGGACUACUGCCCCUCACCAAAGUUACAAAGAAAGAUGUCCCGAAAGAUGAUCAGUAAGCCUGAGAAAUGGUCAUUACUGACUGAUUUGUCAGACCUCACAACACAGCUCUUCCCACCCAUAGAAAUACCUAAACCACUUCAGCCAAAGCCUCCCUCGCAGGACAGCGCUCAAGUUCAUUGUUCAAAUGUUCCAGCCUCCAAGCCGGAGACCUUAGACACGCUCACAGUUCCCACAUACAGUCCAGCCAGUACGCUUCAGGACAGGACUGGGACGAGUGAAACUGUGGAACGAAGUGUUAAGCCAAAGCACUCGAAGAAGCCUCCUGAUUCGGACACUCAAAGCCGCACAUGUGCAGCCAACGUGGCCUCACAGCCUCAGAUCAGCAAGCAAACACCUGAGCUGGCAGACACAGUCCCAAAAGGCUGCAGGGCGAGCUCCUGGGCCGGGGCAGCAGAGGAGCCCACCAUCACUGUCGAAGCAGAGUGCAUGUACGGAGACUUUGAACAGGCAAUGGACCACCUCCGCCACCGCCUCAUCGCCACCCGCAACCCGGAGGAGAUUCGAGGAGGGGGCCUGCUGAAAUACAGCGACCUGCUGGUGAGGAACUUCAGACCAGCCAGCGAGACAGAGAUCAAGUCCUUGGAGCGAUACAUGUGCUCCCGCUUCUUCAUCGACUUUCCAGACGUGAGCGAGCAGCAGCGGAAGAUUGAGGCCUAUUUGCAGUGCCACUACAUCGGCAACGAGGAGGCGAGCAAGUACGACUACCUGAUGACCCUGCGGCGCGUGAUAGAUGAAAGCACGGUGUGUUUGAUGGGACACGAGAGGAGACAGACCCUCAACAUGAUCACUGUCCUGGCUCUGAGGGUUCUGGGCGAGCAGAACGCCAUCCCCAACACGGCCAACGUCACCUGUUUCUAUCAGCCCGCCCCGUACAUGACAGAGCCAAUCUACAGCAGCUACUUCAUCACCCAGGCCCAGCCCCCACUCGUCUACCACCCCUACCCGCUACAUGUCCACAUGCAGACUGGCCUGGUGUAGCUACAGUGACAUGCCCACGGGGAGGCAUGUAGGCUGCUUUCAGCAUGGUGCUCUGCAAGCAGAGGCACAAAUGGAAGUUUUACCAAAACAACAGGCAACCACGGGCGCAGUGUUGUUUAAUGCUUUGAAAUCCCUCCUGCUUAUGACAUGAAAGAUGAUGAAAGGUCAGAACUGAAAGGGGUCUGGAGGAAAAGCAUGUCACCCUUUCAAGAUGAACACUUUUGAAAAGGAAAGAAAACGCCAAGAGCCCACAUUGGAGAGAGCUCUCAGAGAGGAUUUCAUUGAAGUGGAGGGACUUUGUUUACGGCUGUUUCGGCUCAGUUUUGGCUCUGUACUGGUCACCUUCCCCCGUUGAGGAGAAUGUAAUGUGAUAAUUCUCUGUGGCUAGAAGAUAAACUUCUUUAACAUAUAAAAACAUAAUCUAUAGAACAUAAACAUCUUGGUUUGGUUGAAGUUUGAAUAAUAACACAUUCUUACCAUUUCUGAAAACCCUGUACAGCUGUUUUGUGAAUCAUCAGUCUCUGUGGAGUAAA